AUGACAAAAAUAUUUGAAGAUGAAGCCAUGAUGGAAUCCAUCCAAGAUGCUAAAUAUGAUGUAGUCCUAUCUGAUCCUGUUCUUGGAGGUGGUGCAAUAUUAGCACAUCGUUUUAAUAUUCCUUUGGUUUUCAAUGUUCGAUGGACUGUCCACGGAGAAGGACACUUCGCAAUUGCGCCCUCACCUCUGUCAUAUGUGCCUGUCCCUGGAUCAGAACAAACAGAUAAAAUGACAUUCUUUCAGAGGAUUGGCAGACCCGAUGUUGAUUAUUUUUCCCUCUUUCAAAAUGCAGACAUCUGGCUUAUGAGAAAUGACUUCACUUUUGAGUUUCCACGACCCACAAUGCCAAAUGUAGUCUACAUGGGUGGCUUUCAGUGCAAACCCUCUAAGUCACUUCCUGAUGACCUAGAAGAGUUUCUUCAGAGUUCAGGGGAGCAUGGAGUUAUUGUUAUGUCAUUAGGAACCAUCAUCAGUCAGCUUCCACAAGGCCCCACUGAGGAAAUUGCAGCAGCUUUUUCCGAGCUGCCUCAAAAAGUCAUUUGGCGAUAUAUCGGACCUCAGCCUGCUAGCCUUGGUAAUAACACAUUGCUUGUGGACUGGAUGCCACAGAAUGACCUUCUUGGUCAUCCCAAAACAAAGGCAUUUGUAGCCCAUGGAGGAACCAAUGGUGUUCAGGAGGCUAUUUACCAUGGUGUGCCUAUUUUAGGUCUACCUUUACUGUUUGAUCAGCCUGAUAACCUCUCUAGGAUGAAGGCAAAGGGAACUGCAAAACUUGUGGACAUUGCAACUUUGGACAAAACAGUGUUUUUGGAGGCAUUGCAGGAGGUGCUGUAUAAUCCAUCAUACAGGAACAACAUGCAAAGGUUGUCUAUGCUGCAUCGAGACCAGCCCAUGAAACCUCUUGAUCGUGCUGUCUUCUGGAUUGAAUUUGUUAUGAGGAACAAAGGGGCUCCUCACCUGCGUACACAGUCUUUCAGAAUGUCCUGGAUUUCCUACCACUCUGUGGAUGUUAUACUUACACUACUGGGGAUGUUGUUGUUUAACUUACUGAUUAUUGUUUAUGUGAGCAGAUAUAUUUUGUUUCAGACUUUACUGAGAAAGAAAAUAAAAAAUGAAUGUACAUGA